AUGAGACCCUCCCUCUUCAAGCCCCUCCUACCCCGCCAUAACUGCUUGUCUGCCGCGAGAACUUCUUCUUUCCUUCAACACUCCAACACAUCCCAAAACAUCCGAUUCUUCUCAGCAUCAACCGCAGUCAUGAGCAACAAGGUUUACUUCGAUAUUAAGUGGAAGGGUCCCGUCUUCCAGAACGGCCGACCUACCAGCACCAUCCAGGAGCAGAGUGGUCGCAUCACCUUCAACCUCUUCAAUGAUGUAGUCCCCAAGACUACUGAGAACUUCCGUGCUCUCUGCACUGGCGAGAAGGGCUUCGGCUACGCUGGUUCUUCCUUCCACCGUGUCAUCCCCGACUUCAUGCUUCAGGGCGGUGACUUCACCCGUGGCAACGGCACUGGUGGCAAGUCCAUCUACGGCGAGAAGUUCGGCGAUGAGAACUUCAAGUUGAAGCACACCAAGCCUGGUCUGCUGUCCAUGGCUAAUGCUGGCCCCAACACCAACGGCUCUCAGUUCUUCAUCACCACCGUCGUCACCUCUUGGCUCGAUGGUCGCCACGUCGUCUUCGGCGAGGUCGCUGAUGAGGAGUCCUUGAACAUUGUCAAGGCUAUUGAGGCUUGUGGCUCCGGCAGCGGUGCCCUCAAGUACGAGCCCCGCCCUACCAUCACUGCCUCUGGUGAACUCUAA